UACAGCGCAUGCGCAGAGGUGUCGCAGGAGUGAGCUGAGGUGGACUUCUUUCCUUCUGUCAGUGAAAGAAACAGUGCAGUUCAGCAGCUGGAGCUCACGAGCUACACGAAACCCUCCAGAAAACCUCUCAGACCCCACAAUGAUUCGGAUAGCCGCCUUCCUCGCUCUGCUGGUGGUCGCCUGCUCGGGAGAGAGCUGCACGGACCCAGCGAUCACACCGUCGGCCUACACCACCUCUGACGCCGUCAUCUCCUCUGAGUCUGUCUUCAUCGUUGAACUCAGCCUGGCCUGUGCCAACGGAGCACAGAGUGUGACUCUGUAUGCUGAUGUCAAUGGAAGGCAGUUCCCUGUGACUAGAGGCCAGGAUGUUGGCAAAUACCAGGUUUCCUGGAGUCUCCCUCACAAACAGGCCAGCUCUGGAACAUAUCAGGUCAAAUUCUUUGAUGAGGAGUCCUACAGUGCCCUGCGCAAGGCCCAGAGAAACCACGAAGAUGUAAAUGCCAUUCAGCCUCUCUUCUCCGUCAACAUUGACCACAGGGGUGUGUGGAAUGGCCCAUGGGUGGCUACUGAGGUGGUGGCUGCCCUUAUGGGUAUCCUGGUCUACUACAUGGCCUUCAGUGCUAAGAACACCAUCCAAGCAUAAACGAUUCACAACCACUGGAUCAUUAAAGACUGAAUUCUUGUGGAUCUCGACCAACGAUCCAUCAUCCAGUGUUGUGGCAGGCCAAGAGGAUGUUUGCCACUUGAUCUGCUUUGGGACGAGGAGCAGGAGCGGCAGUCUUUGUAUUUUUUUUUUUUAUUCAGACUGUGUCUGUACACCAUCAGUCUUAUCAAUUUUUAGAUGAAUUUCGUCCCAAGUUUGUCUCGUCAAUAUGGAUGGAAUUUUGUAAUUUUUUUGAUAAAACCAAACAAAAAACCCGGACCACAUAAAUAAACUAAAUACAUAUAAUGUGGUGUUAAAAUAUGUUGCUACAUUCAGACCAGAUUAUCCUUUGUCCUUCUGCGUGGAUGCACUGGCCAGUGGGACUACAGAUGUGCGAACAACAACAGAGAGGUCCAAACCUCAAUGUACAUGAAAUAAAUAAAAACGUGGCUGACCAGGUCGAGUGUUUUGUCUCUUCCAGUGCAUUGAAUAAAUGGCUUCUUUUUCA